UUUAAGAAGAGUAAUCCAAGUCUGGCACCCUUCUAAUUGGAUGACUAUCCUUAUCCUGGUUUGCUUAUUUGAAGCCCACUUGCAAUCUCUUAUGAUUGAAAGCAAGUGAAUAACAAACAAACAGAAAAACAAACAAAGAAACGAGGUUAUUCAUGAAUCUGGACAAGUUAAAUCUUUAAAAGAUAUAGGUUAGGUUCCUGUCUUUAUAUAGAGUGCCGCCUUCAGCAUCAAUGUGCAUCUUCUAGUUAUCUUCAUCACCAUUCUUUCCUAGACAGUCUUUAUUUUUUCAAUGGGAGAAGCUCCAGAAUUGCCGUCAAGUAUCACAGGUGGCGCUGAUGAAAAGGCUGAACAAGUAAUCUCACCAGAAAACAUAAACCAGAAUCCUCAAAAUCCUUCCUUCCAUUGCCUUAAACAAUACAAAUGGUGGAUUCAAAUGGCCAUUUUCACUCUCUUCGUCCUUGCUGGACAGUCAGUGGGCAUCCUCUUGGGUAGAUUGUAUUACAACAAUGGCGGAAACAGCAAUUGGAUGGCAACAUUUGUACAAUGUGCAGGAUUUCCAAUGGUCCUACCAUUUCUGUGCACCCCAAAAUCCAAAAUUUCAAACCCAGAAAUCAAAAGAAAAAACCAUUCCACCUUAAUCCUUGCUUUAGUUUACAUUUCACUUGGAAUUUUUCUUGCAGCAGAUUGUAUGCUGUACACAAUUGGGCUAAAAUAUCUCCCAGUUACUACCUAUACUUUAAUCGGUGCUAGCCAAUUGGGAUUCAAUGCCCUUUUUUCUUACUUCCUCAAUGGACAGAAAUUUACUCCUUCUAUACUGAAUUCUUUAGUGCUUCUCACAAUUUCCUCCACACUUCUUGUAUUCCAAAAUGAUUCAGAUGAUUCAAAAAAAGCCUCGAGAGCAAAGUACGUAUUAGGCUUCGUAUGCACUAUUGCUGCAUCUGCUGGUUAUGCAUUAAUGUUGUCUUUAACCCAGCUUGCCUUUCAGAAGAUCAUUAAACGUGAAACCAUGAGGGCGAUAAUUGAUAUGUCACUCUAUCAGAAUAUAGUAGCAACAUUUGCUAUUUUAAUAGGGCUUUUUGCAAGUGGGGACUGGAAGAAAUUGAAUGCAGAAAUGGGCAAUUUUAAACCUGGGAAAGUAGCAUAUGUCAUGAACUUGGUUGGGACAGCAGUUUCUUGGCAAGCUUUUACUGUGGGUUGUACCGGGUUGAUAUUUAAGGUUUCUUCAUUGUUUUCGAAUGUGAUUAGUAUGCUAGGUUUGCCUAUUGCUCCAGUUCUUGCGGUGAUUUUUCUUCAUGAAAAGAUGACUGGAUUGAAUGGUGUAGCAAUGGUGUUGGCUAUGUGGGGUUUUGUUUCUUAUAUGUAUCAGCACUAUCUCGAUGAUCUGAAGACGAAGGCUGAAAAAAAACAUUCCAAUGAUGUUUCUGAAGUUCCGCUCACCGAAACUAGUUAGCUGCUUGUCAUGCUAUAAUCAUGAGUGGAAUUGAGGAGUUAAGUGUUGCACGAUAACUUGCAGUGACAUGCUUGCUACUGGAUAUGUUUAUAUUUUUAGUUCAGAUUGUAAAAGCUGGUAGCAGAGAAAAUAAUGCUCAUGUGCAAGAUAUCAAGCUCGAUACUUGGCAUGGAAGGAAAGAUCAAAACUAUCUGUUUGUCUGUUCGUUCAUGCUUACAAGUGACUUUUUUCUGCUUCUUUUGAUGGAAUGUCAUUUAAGCAGGGCCAGAGAUCUUCACUUGAUAAUCUGCCAUUUUGUGCAGAUAAUGAAGAAAAAAAUAGUAUAAAGACAAUUAUUCUACUUGUACACAUGAUUUUAUACUUAGCACAAUUCAGUAUA